ACCUGAGUACUGAGUUCUGUACCAGUGUCCUGGUGACCCUCACAGCACUGGUGUAAGGGAAUGGACAAGGGAGUGUCACAUGAUGUUAUGGACAGAAUUUCAAAGGCAAAGAAGCCCUAAUAUAAGACUUCUUCCCCCCCUCCCAUUUCACUCAUCUUUUAGGUUCUAACUUUGCAAUUAGGUGCCAUCAAAUCAGACUGUGAAUAUAUGUCAGUCAUUGCUGUAGAUGAGUUAAUCCCUUACGAUCCCCCAACUCUAGAAAAGGGAUAGAGGUGUGAGCAUAUGUUCCUUGGGAGUCAGUAAGUGCUGCUGCAGGGAGAAAGGUCAUUACCUGAAACAAAUGUCAAUAAUAGAAAUAGCUAAUGUUUAAUAGACACUUCUACUAUGCCAAACAUUUUACAUACACUUUAGCUAAUCCCUCAGGACACUGCAAGGUAGCCAUUUUACCCCAAUUUCCUUGAUUAAAAGAAAAACCGAAGCUGAGAGAGAAUAAGUGACAGGCUCGAACUAUCUCACAACUACUGGGCAACAGUAUCAUAAUUAAAUCCACAUCUUUCCAGCUGAAAAGUCCAUGUUCUUAAGACCACACGAGCAGAUUAGAGAAGGUAUAAGCAACCAAGGAUAUUUUUAAAGCUAUUGUGCUAGGUACAGAUUAUGCACUAAGAAUAGCUGGGUAAAAGAGGCUUAUACCAUCCAAGUAUCUUGGUAUCUUAGUUUAGAAACAUUGGUUAACCUGAUUCAUGCAAAUUUUUACUUUUAUUUAUUUCUAAUGUUUUUUCAACUUCAUUGAGGUAUAGUUGACAAGUAAAAGCAUAAGAUAUUUAAAGCAUACGUGAUGAUUCACCAAAUAAUGUUUUUUCAAAGAACAACAACUUUCACCUAUAUAACCAAAAUGCAGUGAAUCAAUCCAAGAAAUUUAACACUGAUACAAAACUAUCAUUUACUGUAUAGUCUAUGUAUAGGUGACAUUGUAACCUUAGUGCAUUGCCGUAGGAGGUAGGUGUUGUCAGUUUGUCCUAUUAUUGGUGGUAUUAAGUUUGAUCCCUAGAUUUUUCUUUUAUAAAUGUAAAGGUAUCAUUUUACUUUUGUAACUAGUAAUUAACAUCUGGGGAAUAUAUUCUGACUGUAUAAAUAUUUUCUCCAAUAGCCUUUCAGCCAGUCAUUAUAACGUAAAUUGAUUACACUGAAUUGAUUUUUAUAAUGAUGGUUACAAACUAUCUGGAUUCUUAGAUCUCAGUAGUCUGCCAAUUUCUUUUCCCCCCAGAUAUAUUGAGAUAUAAUUGACAUGUAACACAGUAUAAGUUAAGAUGUACAACGUAUUGAUUUGAUACAUUUAUAUACUGCAAGAUGAUUACCACCAUAGCAUUAGCUAACACCUCCAUCCUGUCACACAAUUACUAUUGCUUUUUGGUGAUGAGAACAUUUAAGAUUUACUCUUUGCAAUAUCCCAUAGGUUUUGACAUGUUACGCUUCCAUUUUCAUUUGUUUCGAGAUAUUGCUUGAUUUACUUUUAAUUUCUUCUUUGACCCGUUGGUUGUUCGGGAACAUGUUGUUUAAUCUCCACAUAUUUGUGAAUUGUCCAGUUGCCUCCUGUUACUGAUUUCUAGUUUUAUAACAUUGUGGCCAGAAAAGAUAUUUAUGAUUUCAGUCUUCUUAACGUUGCUAAGAUUUGUUUGUGACCUAUCAUUUAGUCUAUUCUAGAGAAUGUUCUAUGUGUGCUUGAGAAGACUGUUCCUGUUAGAGGAAAUAUUCUGUAUAUGUCUGUUAGUUCCAUUGGUCUGAAGUAUGUUUCAAGUCCAACAUUUCUUUAUUGAUUUUCUGUGUGUGUAACCUAUCCAUUGUUGAGAGUAGGGUAUUGAAGUCCCCUGCUAUUCGUGGAUUAUUGCCUAUUUCUCCUUUCAGAUCUGGUAGUAUUUGCUUAAUGUAUUUAGGUGCUCUGAUGUUGAAUGCAUAUACAUCUAUGAUUAUUUUAUGUUCUUGACUAAUUGACCCUCUUGUUGUAUAAUGACCAUCUUUGUCCCUUGUUACCUUUUUUGCCUUAGUCUAUUUUGUCUGAUGCAAAUAUAGCUACUCCUGCUCUCUCUUAAUUUUUAUAUUUUUAUUGAAGUAUAGUUGAUUUAUAAUGUUUCACAUAUACAGCAAAGUUAUUCAGUUAUUUAUAUAUACAUAUAUAUAUUCUUUUUCAGAUCCUUUUCCAUUACAGUUUAUUACAGGGUAUUGAGUAUAGUUUCCUGUGCUAUACAGUAGGACCUUGUUGUUUAUCUGUUUUAUGUAUAGUAGUGUGUAUCUGUUAAUCCCAAAUUCCCAGUUUAUCCCUUCUCCCCUUUCCCCUUUGGUAACCAUAAGUUUGUUUUCUAUGUCUGUGAGCCUGUUCCUAUUUUGUAAAUAAGUUCAUUGUAUCAUUUUUUUUUAAGAUUCCACAUAUAAGUGACAUAUGAUAUUUGUCUUUCUCUGACUUACUUCAUUUAGUAUGAUAAUCUUUAGGUCCAUCCAUGUUGCUGCAAAUAGCAUUAUUUCAUUCUUUUUUAUGGCUGAGUAACAUUCCAUUUUAUAAAUAUACCACAUCUCCUUUAUCUAUUCAUCUGCUGAUGGACACAAAUGAACUUAUUUACUGGGUAAAGUACUCUUGACUGGCAGUUUCUUUCUUUUGGCAUUUUGUAUAUAUAAUCCCUUUCUCUCCUGCCUGCAGCAUCUCUGCUGAGAAAUCCACUGAUGGCCUUAUGGGAGUUCCCUUGUGUGAGAGGUUUUUGUUUUUUCUUUUGCUGCUUUUAAAAUUCUCUUUGUCUUUGAUUUUAGAUAGUUUUGUUAUUAUGUGUCUUUGAGAUGAUUGUUUUGGAUUGGAACUUUUAGGUGACCUGUUAGCUUCAUAAACUUCGAUGUCUAAAUCUCUUCCCAGGUUUGGGAAGUUCUCUACUAUUAUUUCUUUAAAUAAGCUUUCUACUCCCUUUCCUUCUGGAACUCCAGUGAUGUAUACAAUAUUUCUUUCUAUGGUGUCCCAUAAUUCCCCUAGGCUUUCUUCAUCCUUUUUCAUUCUUGCUCCUUGAUGGGAUAAUUUCAGUGGAUCUCUCUUUUCACUCAGUGGUUCUCUCUUCUGUUUGCUAAAGUCUGCUGUUGAAACGCUCUGUUGAAUUCUUCAGAUCAGUCAUUGAACGUCAGCUCCAAAAUGUUUGGUUCUUUUUUAUUUUUUUCUUUUUGUUGAAAUUAUUUUGUUCUUGUACUGCUUCCUGCUAUCACUGAAUUGUUUAUCUGUGUUCUCUCACAGCUCUUUGAGCAUCUGUAGAACAAUUAUUUUCAGUUCUUUGUUGGGCAACUUCUAGAUCUUCAUUUCUUUGGGGCCAGUGACUGGAACUUUACUGUAUUCCUUUGGUGGAGACAUGUUUCCCUAAUUCCUCCUGAUCCCUGUAGCCUUGAAUAGGUGUCAGGAUAGUUGAAGAAGCAGUCACUUCUUCCAGACUUUAUGGACUGAGUUUGGUAAGGGCAGCCUUUUACCUGCAGGAGGGGGCAUACUGGUUCACGUUGUGAGCCUGGGUCUAUUGGUGCAGGGUGCCAAGUGUAGGGGUAUGUGGCAGCACUUUGUCUGGAGAAGUGUGAUGUCUGUUCAGCUCUGGCCAGUAGGGUCCACAGUAUAAAAAACUGUGUGGUCCUUGGUGAGUAGUACAGGGGCAUCUGCAGUGGCUGCAAGAACUGUUAGGGUCCUAAAUGGUACCUCCAGUUCCAGUAGCUAGUGUAGGCAGUGGGGGUGGCCGGAGCUGCUAGUGUAUGCACACUCGGUUGUGGGAGCCAGCCCCAGGUGCCCAUGGAAUGGCUGAGGCUAGUUGCAGACACACUCACAGUGAUGGGGGCCAGGGAAGGUAGCAAAGGCCAGGCUAACUAUGUGCUCUCUAGUAGCUGCAGGGGACCUGGCUGUUGACAUGCUCUCCUGUGGCUGCAUGCUCUCCCCCGCUGAGUGUGCAACUAGAGUGGACAAUGGUGAUGGGUUCGGGCUGGGCGUGUGCAGGUGCAAAGUUGGAGGGGCUAGGUGCAGGUGGACAGGGUGGUACUAGCCAGUGACAGGACACAGCCUGAUGUGGGCGCACAAGCAGCUGUGGGCCCUGGUUGUCCGUGCACUCACCCCUGACUGUGUGCUCACCCAUGGCUGCACGCUAUCCCCUGUGCUCGAAGGCUGCAGUGGAGGCCAGUGACUGGCAUCAGGCCAGGGGGUGCAGGAGCACAGCUGCAGGGCUAGCCUCCGGAGCAGGCAUGGCUGUAGCGUCAGCUAGGGGUGGAGGCUAGGCUGGGGUUUUGCAUGUAGGCAGCUGCAGAAGCUCCAGCUGGCUGUGAGCAUGGCUCCAGGGCUCCCGUGGGGUUGGGGAGGAACUCAGGCAGCUGGCAUCUUAAACUUGCCACACCACAGAGACCUCAGUGGCUGUAUGUGCAAUCCCAGCCUCUGGUGGGGGUGGGGUAGGAAGCAGGGAGAGAUUCAGGUGGCUAGCAUCAUCCAACAGAGUACCUGUGGGGCAAAAGUUAGAGCGAUCUGCCAGGGAUCCGUGGCAGCUGUGCUGCCCGUUGUCUUCAGCAGUGGGGAAAUGGGCUGAGGUUUUCUGCGGAGUAGGUCUCGGUGAACCAGGAUCAUUGCCACUGCGCAUCUGCUAAUAAUAGCCUCCACUUUCCUUCCUUGUCUAGGGAGCUUCACACAUCUCCACUUUGCUGGUCAGGGUGGGGUGAAACUGAAGCGGAACCUUCCAUGCAGUGUCCCAAGAAACUGAGGAAGCUGUCACUCAGCCCACUCUUAAGGAAGGGGUAUUGCAUUUUUUACACAUUGAAAGUUUGCGGCAACCCUGCGCGGAGCAAGUCUAUUGGUGCCAUUUUUCCAACAGCAUUAUUUUUUAAUUAAGAGGCCUGGGAAAUGCAGGUUCCAGCAUAACAGGUUUAAAGUUUGACAUACUUUAACCAUUUGAACAAAUGGACAUGCUUAUCGGAAAAGCUGGAGAUCUGUGACUCUACAUCUUGGUUGACCAAUCUAAGGACCCCAAGCAGACUUCUCUCCUUCACCUGAACUCUACAAGGAACCUGAGCCUUGGUACCAGCAGAGGCCUCUCAUGCCCACUGGCCUCCUCAGAGAGUCCAGAUGAAUUUAGGGGUGUCUAUGUUGUAAAUGUGCAGUGGGUGAACUUGGAUGAGACCAUUCACCUGUGUUUUGGAGUGUUUUCUGGAUUCUGUCCCAGCGGAUCUGAUUCCUGCUCGUAGCUUCCUAGAUUGACGUUAAGCAUCAUUAGGGAAGUUCAGCUGCCACUGGACCUUUUUCAGUUAAAACAAUAAUGACUUUCUGGAAAUGUAAUUCCAGUGGAGCCUGUUUUCUGUGUGGCCUGGAAGAAUACCUACCUACCAUCAGCUAUUCAGAGACCUUGUAAAAAGUCUCUGUACAUCAAGCAACUGAGUGACACUGGGUGGUUCAAGGGGACCUUAAGAAUUGUAGAAAUCAAUUCAACUAGAAGAUUCAACCACUGCUACUCCGAGCUGCUGUUGAAAUACCAUGUCUAAGAACUCAGAGUUCAUCAACCUGUCAUUUCUAUUAGAUCAUGAGAAGGAAAUGAUCCUGGGAGUCCUGAAGAGAGACGAAUAUUUGAAAAAAGUAGAGGACAAGAGAAUAAGGAAGCUGAAGAAUGAACUCUUAGAAGCAAAACGUAGAAGUGGGAAGACUCAACAAGAGACCAGCAGAGUCUGUGCUCACUGUCAGAGAAACCUGGGCUUAAUAUUCGACCGGGGAGACCCGUGCCAGGCCUGCUCGCUGAGGGUGUGCAGCCAGUGUCGGGUCUCAGGCCUGGACGGCAGCUGGAGGUGCACCAUCUGUGCCAAAGUCGCGCAGCUAAGGAUUGUAACUGGUGAAUGGUUUUUUGAAGAAAAGGCAAAGCGUUUCAAGCAAGUCAAUGUUCUGGGCACCGAUGUUGUACGACAGUCCAUCUUAAGAAGAAGUCCAGGAGCUGAAGAAAUACAAAGCCAAGAGCUAACUUGUCAGAAUGCAGGAAAGUCAGACAUUUCACCUGCUGGGCAGAAGGCCAGCCAUGAUGCACCCAGGAGAAAGGGAUUUCUUCUUAGCAAGUUCAGAUCAGCAACCAGAGGAGAAAUCAUAACUCCAAAAACUGAAAGUGGGCGGAGCUACAGCUUGGACUUAGAUGGCCAAAAUUUUCGGAGUUUAAAGUCAGCCCCGGGUUCAGACAGAGGGAGCACCGGUUCGUCAGAUCUCAAUGACCAGGAAGCUGGUCCUGGGACUCCAAAGAGCAUCCGGAGCAAUGGUGUGACACCAGUCACUCAGAGGUCACCGGCCCCAAGCACACGCAGCGUGACCUCGCUCAGCAAUAGAGAACAUGGUUUUGAAACUUCCAUGGAGUUGGUUGCCACUGAAAGCACCUCUGAGGACCUCACCAAGAGUCAUCGCCGAAAAACUUCGGGCACACCUUCCAUAGCUGUGUCCAGGGCCUCCCUCUCCUCAGACCAGAGUCAAUCUGAGUUAGAUUUGAGUGGGUCAUUUAUAGAAGACUUCGAAGAUACUGUAGGCAUCAAAAGCAAGUCUGUCCCUGGGGCUUUGGACAAAGACUUGGACUCCUUGGGAGGGAACGAAGAAGGCAUUGAUGACUUCGUGUCCUCCCAGUUUUCUGCAAACACCCACAGUCUAGCAAGUGGCCUGUCAACCAAUUCUCAAGCAGGCUCUGACAGGAAGUGGACCUACCUAACUCUGCCUGACGCUGACUCAGACACUACCAGCCUUAACAGCACGAUGAGUGUUUACAGUGAAACAGGAGACUAUGGCAACGUGAAGGUCAGCGGGGAAAUCCUUCUCCACAUCAGCUACUGCUACAAAACUGGCGGGCUCUACAUUUUUGUCAAGAAUUGCCGAAAUCUGGCCAUAGGUGACGAAAAGAAGCAGAGGACAGAUGCUUAUGUCAAGUCGUACCUUCUUCCUGACAAGUCCAGAAAUAAUAAGCGCAAGACCAAAAUCAGAACAGGCACCAAUCCAGAAUUCAAUGAAACACUAAAGUACACCAUCAGCCAUACUCAGCUGGAAACGAGAACUCUGCAGCUCUCUGUCUGGCAUUACGAUCGAUUUGGACGAAACAGCUUCCUGGGGGAGGUGGAGAUUCCUUUUGACUCAUGGAACUUUGAAAAUCCAAGCGAUGAGUGGUUUGUGCUUCAGCCCAAGGUGGAAUUUGCUGCUGAGAUUGGCCUUCAGUACAAAGGAGAGCUGACAGUUGUUUUACGUUACAUACCCCCAGAGGAGAACCUGACACUUCCACUUGGACAGCUUCAAGCUGAUGCAGGAAAGAAGACCUUUAAAAGAGGAAAGAAGAAGGAAUCACCUGUCAUCUCUGGAGGAAUACUAGAAGUGUUCAUCAAAGAGGCAAAGAAUUUGACAGCGGUGAAGUCAGGAGGCACUUCUGAUAGCUUUGUGAAGGGCUACCUUCUCCCUGAUGAUAACAAAGCCACCAAGCACAAAACUCUGGUAAUAAAAAAGAGUGUUAACCCUCAGUGGAAUCAUACUUUCAUGUUCAGUGGCCUGAAUCCCCAGGAUAUAAAGAAUGUUUGCCUAGAACUGACCGUCUGGGACAAGGAGGCCUUUUCCAGCAACAUCUUUCUGGGAGGAGUGCGUUUGAAUUCCGGAAGCGGUGUGAGCCAUGGGAAGAACGUGGAUUGGAUGGACUCUAAGGGGGAAGAGCAACGCCUUUGGCAGAAGAUGGUGGACAAUCCUGGGACUCCUGUAGAGGGCGUACUCAUGCUCCGUUCCAGCAUGGGGAAGAGUAAACUCUGAAGGUACCAGUUCUCCUAAAUGAGGCCUCCAGGGACUGUCUGGUUGUUACUUCCGACCAGCAGCAGGCUUGGGACCUGGAUUCUGCUUCCCUGCCAUUUCUCACCUGAGGGUAUUGGGAUGCGAGGGGAGAGAUGUGAGUGUUACGAACAUUUAUGGUCUUGCCAAGUGUCUACAAAAGCUUGCACCUCUAUGUGUCCAGGGGCCGGGGCUUUUUGUGUUUGGAUGAUAGAAGGUGUACCACGCUGUCCUAUCAACAAGCAGAUUGUGCAAUGAUUCAUAGGUUUUCCACCAGAAGGGAAAUAGCAUGUGCUUGUUUGAAACUCUGAUUGAGAUGGAGAGUCCCCAGAUUUAUUCUUAUUAUAAGUUGCUUUAGGUUUUCUCCAGGUCUGAGGGAAAAGGAGGCCACUGGAAUGUAGACCACUUGAAGAGUAAGGAGAAGGGAUAUUGUUUACCUUUUCCUCACCCUGCGAGUCCCCAUGAUGGAAAGAAGGCAUUGUGGAGGUGGUUGCUGGGGCAAGGGGGUGGCCCUCUUCUUAUAGCAAACUUGUGGAUUAAUCAGGUAAGUUUUCAAGAUGAGCCAACAGGUUUUUCUCUGGUGACUAUAUAAUUUAUAAUCUAAAUCAUCCCACUUUGGGGAGUGAAGAGAGCUAAGUCAUUAUCCCAGAAAAGCAGAUGUCAACCAGGAUUAACCUGAGAGAAUUGGGAUAUAGGGUCACCCUACUUAUGAUCUAGCUGUUAGAGAGCUCUGUUGUAAACAUUUCUUUUAUAAAAUGUUCUAAGCCACUAACUAAAAGGGGAUAAGAAAUAAUACACAUUUUGAGCCCCUACUUGCGUCACAUCUACUAUAUCCCAUUGAUCAAAGGAAGUCACGUGGCCAAGCCCAAAAUCAGAAGGAAGGGAUGAAAGGUUGUGGCCUGUAGUUCAGUCUACCAUACCGCUUGUCCCCUGGAAUUCCAGAUGCUUUAGCCACCAAACUUAGAUGAAAGGUAGUUAAAGGUGAAAGGGACCUCAGACCUGGUUCCUCAUUUUGACAAUUCCACAUGUGACUCCCAGAGAAGAGACAUGACUUGCCCAAGAUCAUAUAGAAGCUGUGACUGUAUCUGGACUUAAAUCCAGGUGAGACUCCUAGGCCCAUGUUCUUUCCACUGCAGUCUUUAGCAUCAUCCUAUGCUUAUUGGGAUGGACAAGAGGACUUAGAUCAAGGAAGGUGGAGCGAAGUUUGAUUAUUUGUGUAUGAACAUACCUGACCAAGUCUUCUUCUGGAGUCAUGUUUUAGCCCCUCAGCUCAUUUUUUCACUUGAAUUCAUGUCAAAUCCUCAAAACGAUGGAUAAUGAAUUUUAGUAGUAGGAAAGCUAGAAUCAUCGUCAGGCUUAUUCUAGCUAAUUGUUUCAUGUUCUAAAUUUCUUCUUGAAUUUUGAGGACGAAUUUAAGCAUAUAUUUAGUAUUAUUCUUCGUAAGGGGGAUAAGCAAUCCAUGUUCACUAUUAUUCAAAAAUAGGCUGUCUAAUUCUAGGAAAUUGGCAUUAUUGGUCUAGUGUAGCUUAGUACAUACUGUACAAUUUUAUUUUUAAACUCACAUCCAUAUCUUUAUGUUGCCCUUCUUAAAAACAAAUCAAAAAGUGUAAGAUCAUCGCUACUUCCUAUAUUGGAAAAAUAAAUUGUCUUUGGGCUUGAUGUGACUCAGCAUGUCUUCAAUGACAUUUUUAGGGGAGGUGAGAAGGUGGCAAUGGUGAAGCCUAGAGACAUCUCUAAAGUAGACAAAAUGAAAUAGAUUUAUUCACUAAUAAUAAAAGUGGCAAAAUAAUCAAUUCCAAAAUUAAUAACUUGAACUCAAGACGAGCAUUACCUUGAUGUAUUCAGACCUUUGCCACAUUUAGAGCAAUUCUCUGUAUCGUGAUUUCAUAUACUCCAACAUCUAACUGGGUCUUUCCAUAAUGCAAGACCCAGGUAUGCAGAAGUCCAGCAGAAACCUGUUGGUGUGGUUCUCAGAGAUAAAAGAGAAAUUGAUCUUUAGGUUACUCUUUUUUACUAAGUAUAGUGUAGAAGUACAAAGAAUAUUUUUAAAUACAGGUGAUAAAUGUGAAAGGCACAAAAUUCAAAAUAGGUCUGAAUUUUGAAAAGUUAAGUCUUACCCUUCCUCUUCCAUAUCAGAGUAUAUUGACAGUCUCGUUCAUUUUUUAUGGCUACAGGGUAUUACAUUAUAGGGAUAUAUUAAAUUUACUUAACCAGUCCUAUCAAAUGCCACAUUAAAUAUGGUUAACUAAGCUAUAUAUGUUUGGUGGCUUUUCUAAGCCAUCUUUUUUUAAAAAAAAUAAACACUUUGAAAUUCAAAAUAAGAUGUAUAUAAUACACAGCAGCAAUUCUACUUUGGGGGUAUUUAUCCUACAGAAAUAGAUACAUAUGUGAGAAGUGAGUGCAUAUAAGGGUAUUUAUUGCAAAGGACUGGAAACAACCCAAAAGCCCACCAACAGAUGCUUUCUGUAAUAUCAUACAUGCCUGAUUUUUCUGUUUCAUCGAUUGCUCCCUUUCCUUCUCUGUUAAAGGUGGUUUUUUUUUUUUUUUUUUUGUUAAAUUGAAGUGUAGUCAGUUACAAUGUGUCAGUUUCUGGUGUAGAGCACGAUGUCCCAGUCAUAUAUAUACAUAUAUAUAUAUUCAGUUUCAUAUUCUUUUUCAUUAAAGGUUAUUAUAAGAUAUUGAAUAUAGUUCCCUGUGCUAUACAGAAGAAACUUGUUUUUUAAAAUCUAUUAUUACAUACAGUGGCUAAUAUUUGUAAAUCUCAAACUCCCAAAUUUAUCCCUUCCCACCUGCUUUCCCCAAUAACCAUAAGAUUGUUUACUAUGUCUGCAAGUCUGUUUCUGUUUUGUAGAUGAGUUCAUAGUGGCCUUUUUUUCUUUUUUUUCUUAGAUUCCACAUAUAAGUGAUAUCAUACGGUAUUUUUCUUUCUCGUUCUGGCUUACUUAGAAUGACGAUCUCUAGGUCCAUCCAUGUUGCUGCAAAUGGCAUUAUUUUAUUCUUUUUUAUGGCUGAAUAGUAUUCCAUUGUAUGAAUAUACCACAACUGCUCUAUCCAGUCAUCCUUUGUUAAAGAUUCUUGAGUGUUAAAAAUUUGAUUCUUUGAUGCUUGUCCUUUGUUUUCUUGUCACUUUAUCGACCCUCUCAGGCAUUAUCAUGUAUUGGAUCCUCUUGGUUUUAUGACCAUUUACAUGCUUAUAACUUCAGAUUCACAUCCCAACCCAGACCCUUCCCCUCAGCCCCAGGCCCAGAUCCAGCUGCCUGUAUGACAUCUCUACCAAGAUAGCUUGUGUUUUCAACAUGUUACAAAAUGAACUCUUUCUUCUACCCUCUCCCUUACACUCAUGUCUUUCUGUUCUGGUACACCCUGUCCAGUACCUGGUACCAUCAUCCAACAGCUUAUACUAACUAGACACUGGGUAGUGGUCUUUUUUUUUUUAAUUAUUGACAUAUAGCUGACUUACAAUAUUAUAUUAAUUUCAGCUGUACAACAUAAUUUGAUAUUUUUAUAGAUUAUACUCCAUACAAAGUUGUUACAAUAUAUUGACUAUAUUCCAUGUGGUAUACAUUACAUCCUUGUAACUUAUUUAUUUUAUACCUUGUAGUGUGUACCUGUUAAUCCCUUUCACCUAUUUUACCCCUCCCCUGAUUACUUUACCCUCUUGUAACCACUAGUUUGUUCUAUGUGUCUGUGAAUCUAUUUCUGUUUUGUUAUAUUUGUUUGUGUUUUAUUUUUUAAAUUCCACAUAUAAGUGAAAACAUAGAGUAUUUGUCUUUCUCUGUCUGACUUAUUUCACUAAGCAUGGUACCCUCCAAGUCCAUUCAUAUUGCUGCAAAUGGCAACAUUCCAUUUUUUUUAUGGCUGGCUAAUGUUCCAUUGUAUGUAUAUACCACAUCUUCUUUACUCAUUCAUCUGUUGAUGGACACUAAGGUUGUUUCUAUAACUUGGUGAUUGUAAAUAACGCUGCUAUGAACAUUGGGUGCAUAUAUCUUUUCAAAUUAGUGAUCUUUGAUGUAUGUCUUUUCCUUACCCUCGGGCAAAAUCAAUCCGGAAAUCAUCGAUUCUGCCUCCUAAAUAUUUCAAAAACCUGCCAAUUUGUCACCAUCUCCGUGCCACCACCCAAGUACAAGCCGCCAUUACCCCUUUCUACAAUUAUGACAGUCUCCCAGCUGCUCUCUAUGCAGCCACUCUUGCCCUCCCUCAAUCCACUCUCCAUAUGGUGGCCAGAUAUUCCCAACAUGUUAUUUUCAAAUGUUUGAACAUGCAGAAAAGUUGAAAUGCUUUUAGGGUGAACACUGUGGUACCCACUACCUAAAUUCAGCUUCGUUAGCAGUACUUAGUCAUUAUUAUCUGUCCAUCUACAGAGUGAUCUUUUUUAAAAUGCAGAUCUCAUCCUGCUUUAAAACCCUCUGUGGCUUUCACUUGCCCUGAGAAUAAUGUCCAGAUUCUUCUUCCUGGCAUGCCAGGCCCUGUAUAAGAUCGUUGCUGCCUCCUCUCCGCUCAUCCCAGGCCAUGACUCCCCUCCCGUUCUCUUCCGCCACACAGUGCCUUUUUCUGCUUCUCAGUUGUACGAGCCUCUAUCCCAUCUCAUGUCUUUUGCAAAGGAAUCUUCUUGCCCCUUCUCCACAUUGGUCUGCUUUCCAUUAAUCAUCCAGACCUUAAACGUUACCUCCUCAGGGAAACCUCCCCUGACCCCCCCUCUGCCUGGCUAGGUCACAACAGCUUACCUCUAUUUCCCCUUCGCUACCUACAUCACAAUUAUAAGAAAUUAUCCAUGCAAUGAGUCUUUUAAUGCCUGUGUCAAUUCCCUCCCCACCACAUCCCUAGAAUGUAAGAUUCAUAAGGGCAGAGAUGUUAUUUAUAUUUUUUCACAGCUAUAUCCCCUGUGCUUAGUUCAGAGUGGAUAAUGAAAAAAUUAUUUGUGGAUUAAGUGAAAAUGAAAAAAAAAUGUUACAUCAGAGAAUGUUAGACCAGUAAGCAUCUUGAGAGAUGACUGUUCCUAACUUCCAAUUAAUAGACAAAGAAACUGGGACCCACAUAGAUCAAGAAAAAUCUCUGAAUAUGAUUGCUGAUUGAUCUUUUCAAAGCAACCCUCCCACAAGUACUGUAGUUAAAACCCUAGACAGUUCAGCCCAGCCGCUCUUGGCAUAGAUAAAAGCAUAGAGUGUGCUCUCCAGCCCAGCAUCUCAGCUUCUCAGAAGAAGAGAUCGUGGCCUUGUCUGGAGGAUCCUGCUCCCUAUUUGGAGCAGCCCUCAAUUUUCCCUCAGUUGAAUCUGAUGAGUUGUAAAGGGACAUGGGCCAGCUUACAAGCCUGACAUGAUCCAUUCAGUUUGUAAAUAGCACUGCAGGACACAUAGCACAUUCAGUGUAUCAGCACUCAUUUCGCUUAUGCUGUUAUUGUCAGUGAAAUUAUCAGGAUAUAGAUUUUCAGGCCACAAAAGCACCACCAGCAAAGAUAUUUGGGUGAAACUUUUUAUUCGUGGCCUCCUUUUCCUUAAGAAACUUACACAAAUAUAUGAUCAAUCAUGAUUAAGGACUUAGCUAAACUGAUGGGUGAAUUGAGCCUACCUGAUUCGCAGUAAUACUAGCCUCCUCAUCACCUGCUACCGCAAGGUUUCUAUGUGGCAGGGGAGCAGAAGGCUGUGGGACAAAUAAGUGCAAAGCCCACUUUCAGAAGCAAAGUGGAUCCAGAUAUCACAUCCCAGAAGCACCUCAGAGUGAAAUACUAUGGCACUUGGGGCUGUGAUCAGUGUUUGUUUUUUCUUCCAUGUAGAUAUUUCACAUUAAACUGAGCGUUGCCUUUAGAAGUUGGCAGAAGGGCUUUCCUCCCAACAUGGUAUCAUUUAUGGCCUCUAAAAUGAAAACAUAAAUCAAAUGAGGACAUUCAUACAGGCAAAACUAUAACAAAGAUUGGAUUUGGCAAGGUUUGAACAAGAGCCAUGGAAAUUGGGCCAUAUCAAGGAUUCCAAAGGCUUGUCUGAAUCAUCUAGGGUGUGAAUUUAAUACAUUGAUUCCAAAGCAUUGCCGCAAACCUCCUGAACAAAAUCUCCAGAAAACUCCAUCAUUUUUAUCUUGGGUUAUUCUAAUAUGAAUGAUCACAGUUUGAGAAACACUGCAUUAGAGGACAGAUUAUGUUGACUAUAUUAUUUGGACCAACUCUACAUCAUGAUGACAAAUUGGAUUUGGCUAACCUGGGCAUUAUUAAUUGGAAGGCAACCAUGGUGAGGUGGAAGUAGCCUAAACUUGAACUCAGAUUGACAUCAGUUCAAGUCUUGACUAGACUACUUACCAACCAAGUGACCUCUCAUUCGAGUUAAUUAUCCGUUCUAGGCCUUGAUCUACUUGCCUCUAAACUAGGGAUAAUUAGGCUAUCUUGGAGUAAUUGAAGCUAUCAAAUGACAUAAUAUGUGUAAAUAUGCUUUGUAAAUUUUAACCCACUGUGGAAAAAAAGGUCAUUAUUAGUGAGCUAGAAAUAGCAAUCUGUGGUUCAUAAUCUCUUAAGCCCCUCUUUUCCUGAGAGCUUUGUUAGGUCUUAAUCAUUCUAUGUACAAUGAAGUGGUCCCCAGUGUACAGCAACAAUACAAAAAAAACCCCUUACUUCGCUGUGUCACCCGUUGUAGGUGAUAGUAAUUUAUCUAUAUUUAGGCUGGAAUUUCCUACUUUAUCUGAUUAGGUAAUAUGUAUUGCAAAAGUGUUUGAUCUGAUGAAGAGAAAACCUGGUCAGUUUUUUGUUAAAAGGUUAUUGAACCCAUAAGUAAACCGUUUCCACCUUUCUCCUUAACACCUUUCAGUGUAAUGACCCAUCUCUUUCUAUAGCCCAUCGCCUAUCCCCCAUGUCAGAGAGAUCAAUCCUGCCUUCCUCACAGGCAUGUUGUUCAGAAUCAUGCUUUUUAUCUACAGAAGGAAGCUUACCAUUUUGUCAACACAAAUUCCACCAAAAUAUAGAUUGCUGUUGUCAUUAUAAGGAAUGCAGUGUUUCAAAGAGUAGUGAUCGUGCCUUAUUUAUUACCUCAUUAGAAUUUAUCAAACUAUCCUGGUAGAGGGUUCCUUUCAUACUUGGUCAAGGGAAGGAAAAUAUAUAGUUAGUAUCACCUAUAAGAUAGUAGAUCAUAUUUUUCUCUCCAGUAUUUCAGCACAAGAGGAUACUUGUCUCUAAUUUGUUUUCCUUUUUCUCUGACUGAGGCAGAAAUUAAUACCACAAGCAAGUAAGAUAUUUCAUUAUAAUAGUUAAAGCAAAAGUUUAAAUCAUUGGCAUCUGCUGAGAAAAAAAGGUCUCUUUAUACAAAGACAGAGAACUAGGUAUGUAUUUGAAUCUAAAUAUUUUAUUUUUACCCCUUUAUCGUUAGAUCUGUUUACUUUGGAGAAGGAAUCUGAUUGUUUCCUCCAAGCAUUUUCUUCUACUUAGCCGAAGUUUCAUUUUGUGUUCAGAAAGUUGAAACUUGUUUGUGCAGAUCCAUGGGAACUGAUGAGUCCCAACAGUGAAACGUUUAAAAUCUUUCACAUUUGGUAAGAAGGAAGGAAGGGAGCCAUUCUGUUACAAAACAGUUUAUGUCAAUCAUUUCUGUUUGAACUGUAGUUGGAGUCAUCAAGCAUUGGUACUAUAUUUUCAUUUUCAUCCUUUUCAAUAUUCAUUAUUCAUAAAUGGACAUUUUUGAGGAGAGAUCAUUGGCUUUCAGUUGAUGUGAAGAAAUAAAUGUCUAGACUUUCUGGAGUCUUCUUGCUUUUGACCUUGCUCACUACCCACAAUUAAUUUGACCUCCGUAAUUCCUAAGUAUCUUCUUCCCUUGUCUUUCUAACUGAUGGGUGCAGCCCAGAACCUUAGGAGAUGCCCUUUAAUGCUUUUUUCACGUGGAUUAAUGGAAAUGUUAUUAUUAAUUUUAACUCUUUCCUGUCACCUCUGAACCCAGCUCCUUUAGAGUCAUUUGUUUACAAAGCAUCUGAAUACAGAGUCAGGUGGAAGGAGGGAGUACUGCCCUUGCUGCUUCCCAGGGUAUCAAAUUAUAACGGGUACCAAACACCCCUGGAAAGGUAAUGAGGUAGAGAACUCCUCUCAGAAAGAGUAUGGUAUUAGCAGGAAGAAAUGAUGUCUGCUUGAGUACCUAAGUGUGUUGUGGACCUCAUGCCCGAAGAGCAAUUCAUGGUUGAUGAAAGAUAGGUCUGGUUAGAGACAGGGCUUCUGUUUUGCUGAAUGGGAUAUAUAACCUGGGACAGGUAUGAAUUGCUAAGGACAUUAGGGAAAAGUGGAUUUGCUUCCAUUGGAGAUUUCCGUCCAUUGGAGAUUUCCUGUAUCUCUUCCACCAGGCAGGAUUCCUCAAAAUACACGUUGCAUAAAUAUUUAAAGACCCUUCAAGAGGAGAACCACAUCAUCAUGGCAAGAAUCAGCCCAACUCUGAAGGCACUAGUUCCCCAUUCCUGGGUUGAGUGUAGUUGUCACAGGCUGGCUGUUUUUCUCUGGGCCUGAACAUGAGUCCAAGGAUUUAGUGGGCGGGAGAGGGAAGACACACUUUCAAUAUCCUAAGAACAGCUAAGGAUCACUGGGUCACUGGGAUGUUGGAAUGGCAGCUCUCCUUGGGAAGAAAUAAGAGUCGUAAUUUUUCCAAACUCUGCCAAAGGCUGGGUCACCUAUGUGUGAAUGUAUUCAUUUCUGCUUUGUUCCUGGUACCCACGUGCUUUGGCUGCCAAUUUACUUUCCUAACCUUAUGCUCUCAUAGGAAGUUGAUCUCUUUGUUUGUUUUUAAAUUAAUUGACGUUAGACUAAGAAAUUAGAGCAGUAUGAGGUUUACAGAAAAAUUAAGCAGAAAGUACAGAGUUCCUAUACACAACCACUCCUCUCCCCUGCCAGUUUCUCCUAUUAUUAACAUCUUUUGUUGGUGUGGUACAUUAUUACAAUUGAGUAACCAAUAUUGCUAUAUUAUUAAUCAAAGUCCAUAGUUUAUAUUAGGGUGCAUUCUUGGUGUUUUACAGUUGUAUGGGUUUUAACAAAUGCAUAAUAUCAUGUAUCCACAAUUACAUUAUCAUACAGAAUCAUUUCACUGCCCUAAAAAUCCCCUAUGUGCCAACCUCUGGCAACCACUGGUCUUUGUACUGUCUCAAAAUUUUUUCCUUUCCUCAGAAUGUCAUAAUUGGAAUUAUACAGUAUGUAGCCCUUUCCGACUUGCUUCUUUCGCUUAUCGAUAAUGCAUUUAAGGUUCCUACAUGUCUUUCUGUGGCUGGAUAACUCAUUUAUUUAUUUUCAUUGUGGUAGGAGCACUUAAUGUGAGAUCUUCCCUCUUAACAAAGCUUCAAGUGUGUGAUACAGUAUCUUUGUUUUUAAGGAGAGAAGGAGAGAAGGAGAUAGACAGAGGGAGGGAGAGAGAAGGGUAGAUCUAAGAAACAAUAACAUCAAAAAGAGAUUCCCUGGAGAUGAUGGGAGGUCUGCAUUUGUUUUGCUAGCUUUCUUGGUUUUCUUGUUGGCUGCAAAAGACUGUUCCUAUUUACUUGCUUUGCCAUGUUUGGUGCAAAAUUUGUAGCAAUACUAAAAUGCUUAACAUGCCUACUUCUCAGCUUCUGUAUGGAACAUGUACCCCAGACCAAAGCUUUGUGCCACUCUGUACUUGCUGCAAAGUGUAAUGUCUUUUUCAUUAAAUUCCCUUUCCUAAUAUCUCUAAUGUGUUCUAUUACAAGUUAUUCCUGGGUGCUUGAAGAUGCAUAUCCUUGAAGAUGCAUUGCAUGUCACCUGUUCCUCCUGUUUUUAUUCUUUCUUGUCUUUGGAGCAAAGCACAUUUGCUGAAUUGAGGCACACAGAUU